AGGAACCUUCGACAGGUAGCAAAACCCAGAGUGUCACAAAAACCCAAAGGAGCAGAGAGUGAUCUGGAACAGAAGGGCAUUCAGGAGCCCAACACUGUACCAAAAACCAGACUUUUCCCGAUUGCCUCAAGCCUUUGGAAAAUUCGUGAAGGAAAAAGGUACUGAUGUAGCGGAGCCCUCUUUAAAAGUCCCUCAGUACUCCUGAAGAUUCGUACUUUCCCUCUGGGAUUCCUCCCAUUUACACAGCAAACUUCUAAGGUCUUGUGAGUACAUGGUUGUCUGCAUAUCAUCUCCCCUUUCAUAACGUAUGAGCCUAAAGGGCUGGGACCUUGUUUCGUUUUUGCUUUUCUUUGCAUCUCCAGGGCUUAGCACAGUGCCUAGCACACAGAAAGCUUCCAUUAAUGCUUAUUGACUGACUGACAGCCUAGAACAUACAGAUUCCCCAAGGCUCCGGAGAAAAUCCCGGUGGCAGCCCCCAAGUCCAGCGGCUGCAGAAGCACUGGGCCGCCUGUCGCGUCCUAGCUAGGACAGGUCCAGCAAGCUGCCUGGGAUUUCCCACUGAAAGCCUUCCCGGAAAUUCUUUCUUCAUCACUUCUCACCCGUGGGUCAAUUGCGAAAGGCAGUCCGGCCCUCCCUCUCUCCAUAAGAAGCAGGAGGGCAGCGGGGCUCUGGCACUGAUCAGCAGAAGCUCCAGUCCCUCCCCUCCUAGGUCUGGCCUAGCCAGCUGCAAACAGCAGCGGCGGCGGCGGCGGAAGUUGCUGCAACAAAGUUACAAACUUGGAAGCCGGGCUUUUCGCAGUUAUGGAGAAACCCUCUUUAAAAGAGACUUCUUUUGCUAUGAAUAUGAACUCUGACCACACACGCAAGACCGUGUGUGUGUUUGGAACAGGAGACUUUGGAAGAUCACUAGGCAAUAAGAUGUUCCAAUGUGGCUACUCUGUGGUCUUCGGAAGCCGAAAUCCUGAGCUGUCUGGUCUGCAUCCCAAAGGAAUUGAAGUCUUGAGUUAUACAGAAGCUGCCCAGAGGUCUGAUCUUAUAAUCAUAGCAAUCCACAGAGAACAUUAUAAUUUUCUUACAGAGUUAGCUGAGGAACUCCAAGGAAAAAUAUUGGUGGACAUUAGCAACAACCUUAAAAUUAAUCAAUAUUCUGAAUCCAAUGCAGAAUAUCUUGCUGAACUGGUGCCAGGAGCCAAAAUCGUGAAAGCAUUUAACACAAUCUCAGCCUGGGCACUCCAAUCAGGAGCCCUGGAUGCAAGCAGGCAGGCAUUUGUCUGUGGAGAUGACAAGGAAGCCAAGCAGAGGGUGAUGGAUAUUGGCCGUUCCAUUGGUCUUACUCCAAUGGAUCAAGGAUCUCUCAAGGCAGCCAAAGAGAUUGAAAACUACCCCCUGCAGCUCUUUCCAAUGUGGAAAUUCCCUCUAUACCUCUCCGCUGCCUUAUGUGUUUUCUAUUUUGUUUACUGUAUGUUAAGAGAAGUCAUCUACCCCUACAUUCAAGAAGAGAAAGACAACACGUUUUUCUUGGCCAUUUCUAUUCCAAAUCGUAUCUUCCCAGGGUUGGCUCUCAAUCUUCUUGCCCUGGUUUACCUCCCUGGGAUCAUUGCUGCCAUCCUGCAGUUGUACCGAGGUACCAAAUAUAGCCGCUUCCCAAACUGGCUUGACCACUGGAUGCUUUGCAGAAAACAGCUCGGACUUGUGGCACUGGCCUUUGCCUUCCUCCACGUCAUGUACACGCUUGUGAUACCCAUCCGCCAUUAUGUGAGAUGGAAGUGGAGCAGCAGAAUAAUUAAUCAGAUAAAAAACAAUAAGACUGAUCCUUUCAACACGACCACUGCCUGGCUCAGCGAUUCUUACGUAGCCCUGGGCAUACUGGGAUUUUUUUUAUUUGUCCUUUUGGGAAUCACUUCCCUGCCAUCUGUCAGCAACACGGUCAACUGGAGAGAGUUUCGAUUUGUCCAGUCUAAACUCGGUUACCUGACACUGAUCUUAUGUACAGCGCACACGCUUGUGUUUGGUGGGAAGAGAUUCCUCAGCCCUUCUAUUCUCAGAUGGUAUCUGCCUUCAAUUUAUGUGCUAAGUCUCAUCAUGCCCUGUACGGUGCUGGUCUUGAAGUUCAUCCUGGUAAUGCCAUGCUUUGAUCAGCCACUUACAAGGAUCCGGCAAGGCUGGGAAAGGAACUCCAAAGUCUCUAAAAAGGCCCAGUUAGGAAAUGGCAAAAAUGAGGUGUGAAGUAGCUAACGAAUCAGUUCAUCAUGUCAUUACCACUGAGACUUCCCAGCAAUGGACUUGAAUGUUUACUGUAAAGUGUGCUUUUCUUCCCUAAGCCUUCCUCUUCUGCCUCUCUCCAGAGUAUAAAGAACAGGCAGGGGAGGACUUUCUGCUAGGAAGGCCCCAAGAAACAACUGGACAUUUGGAAGAAGAGAUCCACUCUUCCUUGACUUCAACUUUGAUGCCAGGAUAUGCAAGAAGUUUGAUCUCUCUCUCUGUCUCUGAAAAUUUAAUGUCACAAAGCCACCCCACUUUCCUCAAAGGUUCCACAAUUUCACUGGGUAAAUGGGGGAUCCCUCUAUUGAACCACAUAGUGACCUCUACUCUCUACAUCCUACCUACCCCCAACAUCUUAAUAGUCUUCAUAAGUUGCUACAGGAAAAAAAAUCAACACCUAAUAACCAGCCUCUGGCAUUGAUUAUCUCUAAUCUUAUCUAAGCUAGUCCUCAUACAAUACACUCACUGUCCAUGACCAAGUCCCUACUAACUUGAUAGAACCUGCCAAAACUUGUGUGCCCUGCUGGCUUAGCUUUUUAGAACCUAAUAUGUUUUGAGUAUUAGGGAACAUUGAAGAAAAACCUUCAUGGAAGACAGAUUCCCUAGUGUAUAUAUUAUUUCAUAGGGAGAAACAAUCUACUGUGAUGGAAGGGGCUGGAAGAAGAAAAUCGCCCCCCCAUCCUCCUUCCCCCCACAAAAAAAACCCACAGAAAUGAGGUGGAGCCAGAUAAACAAUGCUGUACUGUUUUAUCAUGGAUCACAGUGGACUCAUUGCUUCAGUAUGUUUCAUUAUUUGCAUGUGUCCAAGUAUCACUCAUGGCUGACUACAUGUAAUAUUAUCUUCUUACACAAUCCACAGUGAUGCUAGUCACCGUAACUCACCAAGACUCAUCUUUUUUGUAAACAAUGAAAUGUAAUAUGAAAAUUAAACACUGGUAGACCUAACUGGGGAUUGGUUGAAGGAACAGUAGGUGUUUAAGCCUACAAAAGAGAGGACAGUUGGGAGAUGGAGCUGCCUUCAAGUUUUUUGAACAGCUAAAAUGUAGAAAAGGGAUUAUACAGAUACGUUCUUGUCUCCUGAAAGCAGAGGAAAAAACUAGAAGGAAUGUGGAGGUGUAAUGGUAAGAAAAAGUUUUAGCCACCAGCUUUAGGGGGGUGAGGGGAAGCACUUUAAAGUUAAACAGUAUUAUUAACCUUUUUUCAUCAUUUUCUUAAGUUGGAAUAAUCAACAAAACAAUAAAUCAAAGUAUGAUUUGUAGAAUUUUGCCAAUUUCUGAGGUAUCAGUGCUUAUACUGAAAUUUUCACUAUCAGACAGUCAGAGCCUGAGCCAGCAUACCUCUGGACAAUGGGUAGAAAGUGCAAAGGGGCACAUUGUGAUUUGGUGUCAGGGGAAUCUUCCUCAUAGUGAGAGCUGGGAGUUCUCCUCUAAUUAAAGGUCAUCAUGGACGAGCCGGAUGACCACUUGUUUAGUAGGCUGGGCUGGAUCCCCUGUACCUACUACGUGCACAUAGUAGGAGCUUUUAAUAAAUGCUUGUUGAUUGACUCUGUUUUUUCAAGCGUGGUUUGCAUUAGGUGGCCCGCCAAGCUGCCUUCCAAUUCAAAAAUGCUUAGAUUCUGUGAAUCAUGGAUGACUGGGGAUUAUGGAAGGUUCCAAAGCAUUUAGAUAUGGUGGUGGUCAAGAAGAAACAAGACACGGUAGGAACACACUGGAGGAAGAAGCAGAAAAAAGAUUUAAAAUUAAAAAAAGGAAGGAAAGAGUGUCCACAUUAUAAAAAUACAGAGUAAAAAACAAGUUUUAAAGGAAACAUGAACAGGACAGUUUUGUUUUCAACAUGAUGAAUUCUAUGUACAUUUUUUUAAAAGUAAACUGCACAUAACAAAUUUACUGUUUCAUAUAUAUCUUUUUUUAUUUGUAUAUUAAAAUAUUUUUCUUUGAUUUGGCUC